AUGGGCCCCUGUACCGCCUCCUCAUGCUGCUGCCAGGCCCGUAAUCUGCCAUGGGCCCCCGUACCGACUCCUCAUGCUGCUGCCAAGCCCGUAAUCUGUCAUGGGCCCCUGUCCCGCCUCCUCAUGCUGCUGCCAGGUCCAGAGUGUCUCAUGGGUCCCUGUACGGCCUCCCAUUGCUGCUGUCUCCAUCGCCACACUCUGCCAUGUGCCACUUUCAGGUCUCCUCACACUGCUGGUGGGUUCCAUUUUGUCAUAGGGUGCUGUAUGGCCUCCCAUUGCUGCUGCCUCCACCGCCACACUGUGGCUCCACACUCUGGUUUUGGCCCCGUGACUGCCCAAAUGAGUGAAGUGUGCGGUGAUUCUAAGAUCGACGGCACUCAUCUGCAUGUCAUACUGACUGACAGUAUUAUUUCUCUUCCCCAGCAGACUCCAAGGGCAUUUAAAUUAAAGGUAUAGUGUUCUGCACUAAUAUAA